GUUGCUCCUGGGGUCGAUGGAGCAGAUUUAAGACAUAUUCAACGAUUCAAAGGACCUUGGAAAUAUGGGGAUUUGUUCUAACUUUUAUAUUCAGGGUUUGGUUGAACAGCCAAAAAUUCUCCUACCGAGGUGGGAUGACAGAGGAAAAGAAAGUUCAGAGGCGAAAGGUCCUUGCUAAGUGGCUGAAGGAAAAUAUCUUGAGAUUAGGACCUACAUUUAUCAAAGUUGGCCAGCAGUUCUCGACAAGGGUAGACAUUCUUGCUCAAGAAUAUGUUGACCAAUUGUCAGAACUUCAGGAUCAAGUUCCUCCUUUUCCAUCAGAAACUGCUGUAUCUAUCGUUGAGGAAGAACUUGGAGCUCCAGUGGAUGAUAUGUUCGACCGAUUUGAUCGUGAGCCAAUUGCUGCUGCUAGUCUUGGUCAAGUCCAUCGUGCAAAAGUGAAUGGACAAGAAGUUGUUGUUAAAGUACAAAGGCCUGGACUGAAGGAUCUUUUCGAUAUCGAUCUUAAAAAUCUGAGGGUAAUUGCAGAAUACCUUCAAAAGAUUGAUCCAAAGUCCGAUGGUGCAAAAAGGGACUGGGUUGCCAUCUAUGAUGAGUGUGCAAAUGUUUUGUAUCAGGAAAUUGACUAUACAAAGGAAGCUGCUAAUGCUGAGUUGUUUGCAGCUAACUUUAAGGACAUGGAUUAUGUUAAAGUUCCCAAGAUAUGUUGGGAGUACACCACUCCACAGGUUCUGACGAUGGAAUAUGUCCCAGGGAUAAAAAUAAACAGGAUACAAGCUUUGGACCAGUUGGGUGUUGAUCGCAAAAGGUUGGGUAGAUAUGCCGUCGAAUCUUACCUUGAACAGAUUUUAUCUCAUGGCUUCUUUCACGCCGACCCUCAUCCUGGCAAUAUUGCUGUAGAUGAUGUUAAUGGUGGAAGGUUGAUUUCUAUGAUUUCGGAAUGAUGGGAAG